AUGCUGCAAGGCAUCUUCGCCCGUUUCGGAAUGCCAGAAACGAUAGUCAGCGACAACGGUCGCCAAUUCGUCAGUGAGCAGUUCGAACUCUUCUGUGACAGCAACGGUAUACUUCAUCUCAAGACACCACCAUUCCAUCCGCAAUCCAACGGGCUUGCGGAAAGGUUCGUUGACACUUUCAAACGAACCCUCAAGAAAAUUACGGCGGGGGGAGAGAGCCUUAGUGAAGCAAUUAACACUUUCCUAUUGUGCUACCGUUCUACCCCCAACCGAAGCGCUCCAGAAGGAAAGUCCCCCGCGGAGUUACUACUUGGUAGAAACCUUCGCACAUCAUUAGAUUUGUUGAGACCACCAACUGCAUACCACAAAAUUGAGAACAACAAGCAAGAUAGUCAAUACAAUCGCAAACAUGGAGCCAAGAUCAUCAACUACUGUCCUAAAGAUUUGGUUUGGGCGAAAGUCUACAAAAAUAAUCGUUGGAAGUGGGAAGCUGGCCAGGUUCUCGAACGUGUAGAAAGUAUCGUUUACAACGUUUGGUUGCAAGGGAAAAUCAUACUUAUUCGUUCGCACUGUAAUCGAUUACGAAGUAGGUCGGAGUUCGAUGAAGUUCAUACUGAAGAAGAACAGAAGACAUCUUUAAUUCCAUUGGAUAUACUGCUUGAUUCGUGA